AACUCUACAGUGUCGUGGCUGGUAGAAAGAAGCAGCAAUAACCAUGAAGUUAUGUGUAGGUGCACAAAGCUGUCAAAAUUUGUUGAUUGUACUGACACAAGAAUUUGACAGUUCUUUUAUGUCCAUUUCGCCUCCCAGUGGCAUUAUACGCGUUUAGCCGUAACUCAUUUAAACGCAACGAUGUCGGGAGGAUUAGACAUACUCGCCCUCAACGAGGAGGAUGUCACCAAGAUGCUGGCGGCAACGACCCACCUUGGGUCGGAAAAUGUCAACUUCCAGAUGGAAACGUACGUGUACAAGCGCCGCGCUGAUGGCACCCACGUAAUCAACCUGCGCCGUACUUGGGAGAAGCUGGUGCUGGCUGCCCGCGCGGUUGUCGCUAUCGAGAACCCCGCCGACGUGUUCGUCAUCUCGUCUCGUCCCUUCGGACAGCGCGCUGUGCUCAAGUUCGCCGCACACACCGGAGCUACCCCCAUUGCUGGACGUUUCACUCCUGGUGCCUUCACUAACCAGAUCCAAGCUGCGUUCCGUGAGCCACGUCUCCUGAUCGUGCUGGACCCUGCCCAGGACCACCAGCCCAUUACUGAGGCUUCCUAUGUCAACAUUCCAGUCAUCGCCCUCUGCAACACUGACUCUCCCCUGCGUUUCGUCGACAUUGCUAUCCCAUGCAACACCAAGUCAUCUCACUCCAUCGGUCUGAUGUGGUGGCUCUUGGCCCGCGAGGUGCUGAGAUUGCGUGGCGUUCUCGCCCGCGACCAGCGCUGGGACGUCGUCGUCGACCUGUUCUUCUACCGCGACCCUGAAGAGAGCGAGAAGGAGGAACAGCAGGCCAAGGAGCAAGUUGUUGCUGCCCCACCACCGAAGCCGGAGGUUCCCGCCCCCGUGCACGAGGACUGGAACGAGUCAGUUGAGCCCGUCACCUCAUGGGCUGAAGACGCCGCGCCACCACCGGCCGCGUCCUUCGGAGCUCCCCCAGCGCAAGAAGACUGGGCUGCUCAGGUACAAGAGGAGUGGGGCACCACCGCCGCCCCUCCGGCAGCGGCCCCCGCACCCACCCCCUCGUGGGGAGGCUCUGCCCAGGACUGGAGCGCUUCGUAAACGUUUCGUUUGCUUUGGUUAAUAUAACGUAAAACCAA